AUGGCCCACAGCACCGACACCACCUCCUCCAACUCCAAGGAACCACCAGCUCCGCAUUCCCAGGCAAAACAAGGGAACAGUCAGAACAGUCAGUUCCUAAGUGAAGCGCCCUCCUCCGAACCUCCUUCUCGCGAACCGCAGACACCUCUUUCCCGCGACCAGGUCCCGCUCAUCAUUAAACUCCUCAAGGCGCACAAGAGUCGCGAAUGGGAAGCUAUCAAGAGCAAGGUCGGGCCCUUAAAUCUUCUGGACCUUCCAGUCGACGUACUAAGGUUGAUCGUUAAGGAGGCAAGCCUACUGUCCAGUACCCAACUCACAUUUGUCAUGAUCUUACUAACUGAGCAUUGGGUUCAUAGCCUUACCAUACCCAACAUAUACGCACGUUUCGAUAUCGUCUGGCCGGAUGCCUCGUUAACUACGACAGACAGUAAGAGUAUCGAUGCCCUAACUUAUGGCCUAUCCACUCUGUGUCUGGGGAGCAAGUUUGCUCAGAGAACAAGGUGGCUAGGAGGGACCCCACUGGGUAACCUGAGCCCGUCGCAGAAGCUCUCAGAUAAUCAGUAUGCGAAGUAUACGCGCAAGUUCUCGCUUGGCAAUGGACCGUCCGAUUGGACCUCCGAGUACAUGAUUACGAAAGAAACCGGUAAGAUGCUGGGGACCCUCGUGGCGAUUGCUGUAGGGAAGAUGAUCAACUUGGAAACGUUCGUGUGGGACAUGCCGACUGGAGUCUUGUCCGACAUCUUCAUGGGUCUCGCGUCCCUGCAGGACCAUCACGCCGAGGGAGAGUCAAAGUUGGAGAAGGUGUGGAUCCGCUGGCACGACAAUUCUGAUACCUCUCCCGCCUCUACAACCGUCUCGAGUCCUACACAUCCGCUCCCCCCUCCGCCACCUCUUAGUGGUCCAGCACCGGGUAGCACGAUGACCCCCACUGGAAACACCAUAACACCCGGUACUUUCCCGCCGUGGGCUCAGACAAUAAGCUACUCCGAAUGCCGCGUUGAGUACCCGACCUUCAGUGUGCUGUCUCCGUUGAAGAGUCUCACGGUUUUAGACAUUGAUGAGCUUGCAUAUCUAGAUGAGAUGUCGGUCCUUAUCGAGCGAUCUCUAUCUAGCCUUCGGGAGCUUCGUGUUGGAAUUUCCCAGAAAGCCCAGACACUCGAAUUUGCUCAAACUUGGGACGGAAUUCACCUGGAGCAGGUAGAUCAUGAUGCUCGGUGGCCAGGUGACAACCACAUUGGUGACAAGAGGUUGGGAGGUGUUCUAGGAGUUCUAGUUGGCCGAAUAUAUGACAUCAGAAGGAAAUCCGAUCCGACAGGCCAGGAGGGGGCAUCUUCUGCCUCGUCUGCAGAGCAAUCGCGUCACGUUCAUUUCCAAGAUGACGAUACAUCAAGCGGAUCAAAUGGAGGAGUUGCCUCCAGUAGCGUGGCUGCUUCUGACUCAACCGCCCAUAUCAAUACACUUGUUCAACCACGUGGUUAUUACGUUUCCCAAACAGAACCGUGGCAAGCUUCAGCGUCGUGUCGCCGGACCAGAGACCGCCUCGAUGGCAAGCUAACACUGCGAACUCUGGCACUUGAGAGGGUGGCCCUUUCAAUGCAGGUCUGCACGAAGGCUAUAGACUGGAGUGUUCUGACUGAUCUCACGAUUCUGAACUGUGAUGGUUACGACGCUCUGUGGAGAGUACUCAGGAGACAUUUCCAACCUACACCUACCUCUUACGGCUCAUCAGCUGGCACAGCCGCCCAGUAUCAUCUGGCCCUGAAGCACAUCCACACCGACAUGACAUCACCUUCCCUCGUCGCUUUCCUCAAGGAGACGCUGGCACCGAACAGCCUUGAGGUACUUUUUCUACAAGACCGUCGGCGUAGGGUGCCAGCUCCGCCGGCAGUGACGAUUGACCAGAUAUUCAAAGGCCCCAUCAAGCGGCAUCGGUCAAGUCUCAAGAAGUUGCUCCUUGACAGUUCGGAUAGGAGAGCUCGCCCGUUGGGCAACUCGUGGGUACCUUGGAAAUUAAGCAGCGACUUGGUCUCUUACAUCACAAGUGGGCGUAUGGGAAGUCUGAAGGAGCUGGCUGCGGCUUUCGAUUACAAGGAUUGGCACCCAUUCCUGCAACGUCUUCCGAAUAUACCUCAGCUUCGCUCGCUGCAUAUUCCCCAUAUGCUAGAGCAUCUAGCCGGCACCUUCGAGCCGAAAGAGCUGGCAUACCAAUUGGUGGAUAUCAUCACACUACGGCCAGAGGUUCAGCUUUGUUAUGUAGGCAUUGGAAACAAAUGCUUCGAGAUCUUGGAGGCCCGAAACGGUGACGGUAACAACACUCCGGAUCAACAUGGCUACGGCGCAACAGCGCUCCCUGCAGAUAAUGAUGAGGACGACACUGUCAGUGACGGUGGUGAAGAGACAGAAGACGACGAUGACGGCGACGACAUGGCAGGAACAGAUAACGAGGAUGACAUGACCGAGGUCUCGGACGACGGCGAGUCCGAGGCAGACUCGAUCCAGGAGAGCGACUACGAUGAGCCGGAGCCGCGGCUGCGCCUGCGGGAGAUACUCUUUUACGACGAUAAGGUGGCCGUAUUUAAAGCGCGACAUGGCAGAUUGUGA